AUGGAGCACUCCUGCGCGCUGUUCCUCGCCGAGGGUGCCGAGCUGCAGCGGCGUCUGGACGCGGAGAGGCCCCGAAACCACCUGGACCUCCGUCAUCGCCUGGACAAACAUGGCAAGCGUUACGGGAAGGUCAUUGCUUACAAGCUUAGCGAGCUCCGCGCCGUUGAGCUACUGGACAACCUUUGCGACGACACGGGCGACAGCAACCUGAUGAUCAGGGUCACGGAAGAGCCGCUCCCUGCGGACGCCGCGCCGGCAAACGCGGGGAGCGCGACAAAGCGGAGGGCGCUCAAGGUCUGGGCGCGGUCAAAGGGGGACGACAGCCGGCUGGGGGACAUUGGUGGCAGGCGGCCCUACGGCGAGGAGGAGAAGCAGCAGCACAAGGAGCUGACCAACUUCUGCAGCGCCCUGGUGGACAGGCACGAAGACGAAAUUAUUGAAGCCCUACAGAACGACGACUUUGGGACGGAGCAGGGCGUGGCACCUGUGCUGUGUGAGCGGAUUGCAAAGCGGUGCAAGGAGGACGAGGUUGCGUCCAUUGAGGAGCGGCUAGAGGCCAUCAUCGAGCGGCGGAAACAGGUGCUGAUUCCUCCGGAGGCCACGUUUUCGUCGGCGGAGGCUGAGGAGGGCGCCAAGGUGCAGUCGCAGGAGGGCAGCCAUGAAACAGUUGCGGCGCAUGGCGGCGAGGGCAGCAGUGAGCCCAUGCCCGAGGGCGAGGCUGCAGCAGCAGCUUUGAGAGAGGAUAGUGAUAAGAAGGUAGAGUUGUAA